AUGUGGCGUGCUUCAGUGCGGGUGAAUUUUAUUUUGUUGCGCGUGAUACGAAGCGUGUUUUGCGACGCUGGAGGGUGUCGCGCGACUGCACAGACUUUGAGCUUCCCGGCCCAGUUCACAAGGUCCUCGUGCACAGGCAGAAGGUGUACUGCUGCGGCGGCGACCGCAUGUUCGUCUUUCGACCCCCUCGCUGAGGAGUUCGAGACUCUGACGCCGCAGUGCGAGGCCGACGAUGUCGAGGCGGCGGAUCAGGGGUUUGUUUUUGUGGCCGGCGAGGGGGGGAUUUGUGCGUAUCAAUUGAGCCAGUGCCUUGUUAAGGUGAACGUGACGGGAAGCGACUUUCGGCUUCUUGGCCGUUAUGGCCACUACGUCGUUGUUCUUGUAGAUUUGGAGCAAAUUGUGUGCGUGAAUGAAAAUGGUGAGCUUCGGGAAAACGUCUUCCCCUACGCAAUCACGACGCCGUUUGUUUCUUUCGGCGCAGGUGCCCUCCUUACGAUUGAGGAAAGAGGCAAACUGUGCCUGUAUGCUCGGGAUACGGCGGUAACCGCGAGGGACUUUCAGGGAAGGGCGCCAAGGCUGCUUGCCGUGCCCUCGGCCCAACCGGAGGAUUUGUGUUUGAUUUGCCUCUGCGACUUUGAGGAGGGCAGCGGCGUCACACUAGACUGCGGGCACUGCUUUCACCGUGAGUGCCUCACCGAGUUCUCCUCUCGGGCGGAUAGCUUUCGCGCCAGGGGAGAGCACGUGGUAUUCACGUAUGCCGUUUGCCCAGGAGGGUGCGGCAUGCAAAUCCGUCAUGUCGCCGCCCCUCUCUCAGAAUACAUGGGGAGGUUGCGCCGGGAAAUUGAUGGGGAUGCCGAAAUUCGAAUUCGGGAGAUGGCAAACAAAACACUGGAGGACCUACUGUAUUAUAUUUGCUACCGCUGUGGAAAACCCUACUACGGUGGUGAACGCCGAUGCUUCCGAUCCGGUAAUGGGGAGCCCGUGAAGAAGCCCAGCGAGCUGAUAUGCUCUGACUGCUGUGACGAUUUCCUCUGCCCACAGCACCGGCACAAGUACGUCCUUUAUAAGUGCCGGUAUUGCUGCAACCCCGCCACACACUUGUCAUUCGGCAAUAGGUAUUUGUGCAACCGAUGCGAUAAGCGUUGGGAAACUACCGAGCCCGAACCGAUACCGUGUCCGGGGCCUGGCGAAUGCCCACUUAAGGGGUCACAUGGCACAGAGGGGUCAGUUGCUCUGGGUUGCAUGCUUUGUACCUCGUUCACCACAAUGCAUGCCCGCCUUUUCUCGACCGCCUAA